AAAAGUUGUUGACGUUCAGUGUCCUUUUUCAGUUUUUGUAAGUACGUAUUGUUGGUAACGUUCGUGCGACGUGAAAAUUCAUAGUUUGAUAGAUAAUUUCUUCAAAAACAGUAUGGAGGAAAUGGACGUGGGAAACGAAGAGAGCAACGGUAAGAGUCUGCGCGAAAAUUUAGCGGACGACAAGGAGGACAAGUCCGAAUUGAUUGAAGAUGAAGCCCAUGAAAAUAUGGACGAUGAACCUGCUGACAACGAACUUGUUGACGACAAUCAGGAUGAAGAUGAUGAUGAAGAGGAUGCCGAUGAAGCUGAAGUUAAAGUUUUGUUAGCCACUCUUGCUGAGAAUCCAUACGACUAUACGACUCACGUAUCCCUCAUCAACAAGUUUAAAAAAAUGGGCGAAUUGGAACGAUUACGUACCGCCCGAGAGAAUAUGAGCUCUAAGUAUCCCUUGAGCCCUGAUCUCUGGCUAUCAUGGAUACAAGAUGAAAUUAAUCUAUCUACAACACCGGAACAGAAAGCUGAAGUAGUAAAUUUAUGCGAACGAGCUGUUAAGGAUUACCUUUCUGUAAAGGUAUGGUUGGAAUAUUUGCAGUUUAGUAUUGGUAAUAUGGGUACAGAGAAAGAUGCGGCAAAGAAUGUCAGACAAUUAUUUGAACGAGCAUUAACAGCUGUUGGGUUGCAUACUAUCAAAGGUGCAAUAAUAUGGGAAGCAUUUAGGGAAUUUGAAGUUGUUUUAUAUGCAUUGAUUGAUCCUUUAAAUCAAGCUGAAAGGAAAGAACAGUUGGAGCGUAUUGCAAACCUGUUCAAAAGACAACUGGCUUGUCCUCUUUUAGAUAUGGAAAAAACAUAUGAAGAGUAUGAAGCAUGGCAUUAUGGAGAUGGUGCUGAAGCUGUUAUUGAUGACAAAAUUGUUGCUGGUGGGUAUGAACGCGCACUUAAACAGCUUAACGUCCGUUUACCUUAUGAGGAGAAGAUUGUCUCUGCACAAAAUGAAAACGAACUACUAGAUUCGUAUAAAAUAUAUUUAUCAUAUGAAAAACAACAUGGAGACCCAGGGCGAAUUACUGUUCUAUAUGAGAGGGCAAUCACUGAUCUUAGUUUAGAAAUGUCGAUUUGGCUUGAUUAUCUUACAUAUUUAGAAGAAAAUAUCAAAAUUGAAUCUGUCUUGGAUCAAGUGUAUCAAAGAGCUUCAAGAAACGUCCCUUGGUGCGCAAAAAUGUGGCAGAAGUGGAUGCGAUCGUAUGAGAAAUGGGGAAAAACAACGUUAGAAGUACAAACGUUAUUAGAAAAUGCUUUAGCGGCCGGAUUUUCUACUGCAGAAGAUUAUCGAAAUUUGUGGAUAACAUAUUUGGAAUAUUUACGACGAAAAAUCGAUCGGUAUUCUACCGCGGAAAAAAAGCAAUUAGAAAUACUGCGCAAUGCUUUUAAUAGGGCUUGCGAACACUUGGCAAAAUCUUUUGGCUUGGAGGGAGAUCCCAAUUGUAUUAUACUACAAUACUGGGCAAGAACUGAAGCCAUACAUGCCGCUAACAUGGAAAAAUCUAGAACAUUAUGGGCCGACAUUUUAUCACAAGGACAUUCCGCGACAGCAUCUUACUGGUUAGAAUAUAUUUCGUUAGAAAGUUGUUAUGGAGAUACAAAAAAUUUAAGGAAAUUAUACCAGAAAGCAUUGGCCUCGGUGAAAGAUUGGCCAGAAAGCAUAGCAAAUGCUUGGAUGAAUUUCGAACGUGACGAAGGAAAACUGGAGCAAAUGGAACUUUGCGAGGCACGAACGAAAGAGAAAUUAGACAAGGUUGCUGAGGAAAGACAGAAAACGCAACAAACUUGCAGUCAUGAGUUAUCACCAUUACAAAGCAAAAAAACUCAUAAGAGAAAACAAGACGAUAUCGGUAAAUGGAAGAACCUAGGAGGCUCACCGACAAAGAUUACGAAAGUUGAAAUACAAACAAAACAAAAGUCAAAAGAAAGCCGACUAAACAUCGAAAAAAAAGUCGAUGCUGAUACUGAAGAGCAAAAAUCGAAAAUUGCUCCGCCACCUGGCUUCAAAGCACCGGAUAAUGAGCAAACAGAAGCAGACGCGCACGAAGUCGAUGACAAAAUCACUGUUUUCGUAAGUAAUUUAGACUACACUGCGACCGAGGAAGAAGUUAAAAAUGCUUUAGAACCGGCUGGACCGAUCACAAUGUUUAAAAUGAUACGAGAUUACAAAGGACGCAGUAAAGGAUUCUGUUACGUGCAAUUAAGCAACGCGGAAGCAGUUGAAAAAGCUUUGAAAUUGGACAGAACUCCCAUAGGAAGACGACCAAUGUUUGUUUCAAGAUGCAAUCCAAAUAGAACACGAGGAGCAGGAUUCAAAUAUAGUUGCACUCUUGAAAAGAAUAAACUUUUUGUUAAAGGACUUCCGGUAACGACAACAAAAGAGGAUCUAGAAGGCAUCUUCAAGGUUCAUGGGACAUUAAAGGAAGUCCGCGUUGUUACUUACCGCAAUGGUCAUUCCAAAGGACUGGCUUACGUUGAUUUCGAAGACGAAAAUAGUGCCGCGAAGGCACUCCUAGCCACCGAUGGGAUGAAAAUCGGUGAUAAAGUAAUUAGCGUAGCUAUAAGCCAACCACCUGAACGCAAAAAGGCUCCAAUGACCGACGAAAUGGUUACGGUCAAGUCUCUAGGUGGUACUACAGUAAGCAGAACUACAUUCGGUAUGCCAAAAACAUUAUUAUCUAUAAUACCUCGUACUGUAAAAAUCCCUGCUACUAACGGCAGUGCAAGUGUUUCUGGGAAUGGUGUCCCUCCAAAAAUGAAUAAUCAAGAUUUUAGAAAUAUGUUACUGAAUAAAAAAUAA